AUGUUUGGAUUUACACCUUCUCGUGAUGGACUUUUACAGAUUGAAGACGAUCUUUUAUCGUCCUUGAUCCAGAAGGGAAAUAUUACAGGAGUUUAUGAUUUGGAUAAAACACCACUUGGCAGGGGUAAAUAUGCCACAGUAUGGCGAGCGGUGCACAAGAAAACCAGCACGGCGUAUGCGGCAAAGUUCGUGAAGAAAAGACGUCGGAAUCAGGACCAGAUGAAGGAGAUCAUACACGAGAUCGCCGUUUUGAUGCAAUGCAAAUCGACGAGUCGAGUUAUACGCCUUCACGAGGUCUACGAAUCGGUCACCGAGAUGGUUUUAGUCCUCGAAUUGGCCGCUGGCGGCGAGCUCCAACACAUACUUGAUGGGGGACAGUGUUUAGGAGAGGUUGAGGCUCGUAAGGCGAUGAAACAGAUUUUAGAGGGCGUGGCCUACUUACACGACAGAAAUAUUGCUCAUUUGGACCUGAAACCCCAGAAUUUACUGCUAUCUCUACAAGACUGCUGUGAUGACAUCAAACUCUGUGAUUUUGGCAUAUCGAAGGUACUUAUGCCCGGCGUAUCGGUACGAGAAAUAUUAGGUACUGUCGAUUAUGUGGCACCAGAAGUCCUCAGCUAUGAACCAAUCGGUCUUUCCACGGAUAUUUGGUCCGUAGGAGUUUUGGCCUACGUCCUUUUGUCGGGAUUCAGUCCCUUCGGCGCCGAUGAUAAACAACAAACUUUCCUCAAUAUUUCCCAAUGUACACUUUCAUUUGAGCCUGAACACUUCGAAGAUGUAUCCAGUGCUGCGAUAGAUUUCAUUAAAAGUGCCCUUAUCGUUAAUCCCAGAAAUCGACCAAACAUACACGAAAUGCUCGACCAUCCGUGGAUAUCCCUGAAGAGCAACGUACCACCCGCGCUAACCUUAAAACCGUGCGACCACACCCACCAAUCCAACAACGUAACGCCAAAGUCCACACCUCUUAGCCAACGAAAAUCCUUCAGCUGCGUGACGGACGGGACGACGAAAACGCCCGCGCAGCGCAAGACGGCCUUUUGCUCAGACACUUUGACAGGCAGUUUCACAGACACUUCGCCAGUUCAUUCCGAUUCUGAAGCUCCCGACAGCAUUCCUGAGGACCUUAUCAAGGUGUCUGAUAAUCUUUUCGUGUCUGAUGAUGUCCAAAGUUUUCCAGCACCUUUAUUUGAAAUACACUACUCAACAAUUGAAAUGGAUAUAUUCUAA